GUGGUAACCUUAGAACACAAAUGGAGCUUCCUAAUUUUUGGGAUGAGAUAUAAUUUCUUCCAAGCGCGCGACACCGUGGAGGACUCACAGUCGCAGACUCCAUCCCCUCAUGGCAACGGCUAUCUCUUCUAUACUAUUUCCUCCCACCCCGCCCAUUUCACCCCUAAUCUCCUCCAUUUCUAGAAUCUCACCUCUGUGUUUCCGAAACCAUAGGCUGUUUAUUCGUGAAAUUCCCCCACUCCGAGCUCCAGUCACGGCUAGACCGCCAUCGUGCACCACCUCCGACGCCACCGCCGUUGAUGAAUCGUUAGGCGUCGACGCUCUUCAGCGCUUCAUCCAACUUAAUACGGGAAACUGGACAGGCUCAUUCCAUCAAUUUGAUAGUCACGGGAAUUUACUGCACACUAUUAGCACGAAGCUUGCAGUGGAUUCGUAUGGGGAGGAUGAACUCAUCAGCUUAAUUCAAACGUUAUAUAUUAGACAGCCUCAAUCUGCAACUUCAAUAUCAGGGGACAAUUACGAAACAGAAUGGUAUGAGUACAAAAUUAAAGAGACUAACCUGUUUACUGUGGACAAAUAUCAACAAAUUGGUUUUUUCCCAGAGGAGAAGGCAUUUGCAUUAAGGUAUCAAACAGCUGGCAUGUUAGAAACAAUCUUAAGACAAGGAGUGUUAGGUGAAGAUGAUACUGAAGAAGAGUCACCAAGAGAUCUAAAGAUCCCCUCUAAAAAGCCUUCUGUGGUGUGCGAAAGUUGCCUUUAUUCACUAGAGAAAGACAUGCGGGUUAGAGCAUUUCAUAUCAUGGACCCAAAAGGUAUCCUAGAAAUGCUUCUAGUUUUCCUAGAAGAAAGAGGUGGUAAAGAGCUUAUCCCUCCUACCUUGAACAAUUCUAAGGAUGAAGCAAACAGGAUUUUCCCACAUCUUGGCAAAUGGAAAGGUCACUCUAUCACAAAGCGCACUGGUGUUUAUGGAGCAACUUUGCAGGAAGCAGAUACAAUUGCUUUAUUUGAAAUGCACGAGGAUGGACAACUGAUCCAGGACAUCACAUCCACACCUUCAGGAAGUGACGUUACUACUAAUGUACGUUGGACCGGUACGAUGUCUAGCAACUUGGUCUCAUUUGAUGGCGGUUUCCAGUAUACACUAUUACCAGGGGACAUGUAUAUGGGAUGCCCGUCUGAUGUAGCAAAAAGUGUGAAGGAAUUAAAGUCGUUUCAUCUGGAGUUGUGUUGGCUUGAAUCUUCUCAAAAGAGACAUAGACUGGUCCGAACGUUUGACGUUGGAGGCCUUGUGGUGUCAUCGACAUAUUUCUUUGAGACAAAACUUUGAAUAUUUUUUAUAAUCUGGUCUAUGAAGUAGUCACAUUGAUACUGUCACCACUAUCGAGCUGAAUGCCUUGGGAAGUUCCUUCACUCAUCGAGUUGAUGUAUGCACUCUUGAGUUUUUUUCCCUCUACACCUCAAAAAAUUGAAAUGACGAGUGGUAUAUCAUGAAUUAUUUCCAAGGGGACACAAUAUGCACUAGGAACUUUAUUGUGGGCGGGGGUGAUUGUUCUUUCAUCUUAUGUCUAUGAAUGGAUUCUCUAUUUACAUUCUCAAAGUUUAUAAAAUUUGACUGAUUAUAGAGUCAAAAUCUA